AAUUAGAACCAUACAUUCAACAACUCAUGUUACACACAUAUAUUCAUAUCCCAUAAACUAUAUCUUCCUUUUUACAAAUAUUUAUUUUAAUCCAAAUAUCUAACAAAAAAUGAGAAUAAUUCAACUCAACUCCCACAACCUAACUUCAUUAUUCUCAAAAUCCAACAAUUUCAAGAAUUCACUAAAAACCCCUCAUAAUAAUAAUCAUAUCAGUUUCUCCAAAGUUAAGAAAAUCAGAGCCGUCGAAACCGUAAGCGGCGCAGAAUCGGAAGCUGCACCAGCUGCAGUAGAAGAAAACCCUGCUGUCAAUUUCGCAUUCGUUAGCUCUGUGUUGCUGCCCGAUGGAACACCGGACGUGCAUUAUCGUACGGCUAGCGGAGGGCAGAAACUUAGGGAUAUAAUGCUGGAUAACAACAUUGAAUUGUAUGGACCAUAUUCUAGGCCUUUGCUAAACUGUGGUGGAGGAGGAACUUGUGCAACCUGCAUUGUUGAGGUUGUUGAUGGAAGGGAGUUACUAAGCCCUCGUACAGAUAAAGAGAAAGAAAAACUCAAAAGGAAUCCAAAAAAUUGGAGACUUGCUUGUCAGGCCACCGUUGGUCGACCGGAUUCCAAAGGACUGGUUGUGAUCCAACAACUUCCGGAAUGGAAAGCCCAUGAAUGGACUUAUGGAAAGGACCCUCCUGAGGACGAAAUUACUUAUAUUUAAUAUUUAAUAUAUAUUUAUAUUUGUUUAUAUUAGUUAAUUCUUAUUUAAUUUAAUAAAAAAAAACUCUUUUUUUAUUUCAUUAUCAGAGGAUAAACAAUCAAAUUAAAAGAAGGAAUAUGGAACUAUCAGAACAAAUAAUGUUUAUAACUAACAUUUUUUACUCUUUC